GUGUGGCAACAAAUAGAAAGUUGAAAAACUAAGACAACGGCAUCUGGGCGCAGUUUUAGGUAGAAGAUGCUUCACCUCUCAUCCAAGCAUUAGGUCUGUAUGACUGGUGGUGAGUAGGAGGAAAUGACCUUUUCGCGCUAUCAAGCAAUGACCAUGCCUUUAAGCUUUUCUGUCCCCGCAGGGUACCCGUAUACAGCAACACGACCCGCCUUAAACUCAAGUAUGGGGCGAAUUUAGGAAGGGGAAGGAAACGCUUUUUCUCACACUUUGUGAUCCUUUAGCUCAGUACAAACUCUUAAAGACAUGCUGGUGUUUUGCUGAUCGUGGUCAGUUUACGGUCACUCACUGUAACCAGGAAAAUGUGUUUUUUAUUGCGUUCAAAGUCCUUGCUGUUGUGGUUUCUCGUUGUUGUGACAGUUCGUGUGACUGAAGCCACAGGUAGACUGACGCAGCGAGUUAAACUGACCGAGGAUGAGGAACAGGUCUGGGACCUGGGACUCCAGCUUCACUCCAGUUUGAGAUCCAGACAAACCUCCAGUCCACACACAGCCCCCGGGCCCGAGCCGGGAGACCUCGCGGACGCGUUCAGAGUCCCGACUCUGGAUGGGGAGUUUUCCUACCAACCCGGAGCUGUGCGGGGGUCUCUGGUCAUUCACGCCUUCACCAACAAGUCCGCCUUCCUGGAGUGCCUGUGGAGCUCAGAGUCGUCCCUGACCAGCCUGGUUCAGGACCUGCCGAACAGUACACAGGUGCUCUUUCUGUCCCUGGACGACUCUGCAGUCAGCGAUGCUCUCUGGAUGCAGGACCAGGUGCAGCGGGUCGCCAUGCACAGAAAGAAGGAGGUUCUGUCCAGGCUGCACUUCUCUCCUGUGCCAGUCUUCGCUCUGGGUAACUGGAUCCCCAACGUGCUCUACUACUGGGGCUGCAUGGGACGCAACUGUGGCCUCAGUCAGGCUGUUUUCACCUCAGAGGGGUGGAACAUGCCUGUGAUAGUCAAGAGGCUUGAUGCCAGAUAUGACUGGCUCAUGGGACGCUGGGGUCCGAAGUCAUAUCAGCUGAUUGAUGCAGGAGAUGGGUGUGAUCCCUCCCUCUCGGUGGAGGGUGCUGUGGCCUGGGUGUCUGAGGGCAGCUGCUCUUUCUUCACUAAGGUGCAGAGCAUGGCCAAAUCCAAUGCCUCCGGUGUCCUUGUCUAUGCCCCCCCCGGUAACCCGAUCCAGGACAUGAACUGUGUUGGGGAUGAAUGUUACUCCUCUUUGGGCAUCCCAGCUGCCAUGGUGCACCUGGAGCCUUUGGUUGCCCAGGCUCUCCGGUUUGGACAGAAGGUUAACGUGUCCUUCCAGACCACUCCGUCCCCAAACUUCUUCAUCAGUAUUGACCAGCAGGGUGUUCUGGCUGAGAUGGGCUGGUUCCUUUACCCCUCCUUCAGCUUCAUCAGCUGGCAGGCUCAGUGGUUUGAUUUUUAUGCAGAUCUGCAGAUCAAACUUCAUAAUCCUGCAAAGGUUGUUUCUGUUUUUGACCACGUCCUAAUGCAGGGCAAGAAAGGAGCAGUGGCUACAGUCAGCCUGCCUUUAGGCAUAUCGGACGGAGACACGCUGGAGCUGGAUGCAUCCCUGUCGUGUCCUGGGAGGCGAGACUCUUCCUGUGCUCAGUGGGAUCACACGGUGCAGCUGUUUGUCUGCUGCAAUCACCUCAGUCCAUACUGCAACAUGGAGCUAGGCCGAUGGAUCACCGCCUUCCGCAGAGGUACUGGGCGCUGGCUUACAGAUGUGUCCCCCCUCAUCCCUCUGUUGGACAGCAGCCAGUGCACCUUCACCAUGAAGACGGUGCCCUGGGCGAUGCCCUGGAUUGCGUCGCUCAACCUAAGAUUCAGUGUCAAUAACCAGACAGGUGAUCAUGUGGAGAAGCUCCACCCCUUCAAAGUGAUGUCACUGUACAGCGGGGGGACCUUUGACAAAAACUACAACAAGCAAUACCAGCCAAUCAAAUUCUCCAUCCCAGCAUCAACCAAAAAGGUGGAGCUGUUCGCUGUUAUCACAGGGCAUGGCAGUGAUGAGAAUGGCUGUGGAGAGUUUUGUGUAACCUCCCACCACUUCCUGAUCAAUGCUAUGUUCAACAACACCCUCGUAUUUGACUCUGCAGGAACAGCGCUGGGCUGUACCAUGCGGGUGAGAGAGGGAGCUGUGCCCAACGAACACGGCACAUGGCUGUAUGGGCGAGGAGGCUGGUGUGACGGACUGCAGGUCAGCCCCUGGAGGACUGACAUCACCAAGCAGCUGGACAUGAGCAGAUUUGAAAACAAUACUAUCAUCUACUUUGGGUUGUUCGAGGGCCGGGAUCCUAAUCCGUCUCAACAGCCGGGCUACAUCAUCAUGUCUUCUUUUCUUGUCUUCUUCAAGUGAUGUUGCUGUGUAAACCUGUGGAUGUUGAUCUCAAUCAUUGAUGUCAAAGAUUAAAUUUUAUUUUCCUACGGUU